AUGUCUACAGAGCGACAUUCACAAAUUGUACUGGAGAACUGGAGGAAGCUUCAACAUCUAUCCAGCUUAGCCAAUAACAAUGCUGUGGUUGUGAAGGGAAGUCGGUUGACACUGGCGGAUGUGGUCGCUGUAGCUCGCUAUGGCACCAUUGCCGUCCUCGAUGACACGCCUGAAUUGCGGGAAGGAGUUGAUAAGAGCGUUGACUUUCUGAGAAAGUGUGUUGACCGAGGUGAAGUUCUAUAUGGCAUCAACACCGGAUUUGGAGGUAGCGCCAACACACAAACAAGCGAUACAAAGAAUCUGCAAAUUUCUUUAAUGCAGAUGCAACAGUAUGGCAUCAUAUCCAGUGACGAGAACCGAUACCCCGAUGGAGGAAACUCAAAAGCGACCACGGAAAUGCCCGAAUCGUGGGUACGCGCAUCCAUGCUGGUUCGCUGCAAUACCCUGAUGCAGGGUCACUCGGGGGUCCGAUUCGGCAUUAUCGAGGCCUUGACCGAGCUUCUCAAUAUUAACUGCACUCCCCUCGUUCCGUUACGUGGCAGUAUCUCCGCCUCGGGAGAUUUGAGCCCCCUUUCCUACAUUGCUGGUGUCUUGGAAGGCAACCCGAAGCUGCUUCUCCGGAGAAAAUCUCCAGAAACUCGAUACAAGGAGCGCACGCGCGAAGAGAUAAUCCCGGCGGAUAAGCUUUUGGACGACCUCGGAAUACAGCCCAUAUCGUUUGGCCCGAAGGAAGGCCUAGGCUUGAUUAAUGGAACGGCCGUUUCCGCAGCUGUGGCGGCCAUCGGGCUCCAUGAAACCCAUCACUUGGCCGUUCUGUCUCAGGUUUUGACCGCGAUGGCGGUGGAGGUCAUGGGAGGGAAUCCCGAGAGUUUCGAUUCCUUUAUUGCGCAGGUUCGCCCUCAUCCCGGUCAGAUCGAAUGUGCCGGCAACAUCGACAGGUUCCUACAAGGAUCGAGACUCACCCAGGUCGUUCACUCGUCUCAGGAGAUGGGAGUCGGCGCAUCCCCUUCACUCCGCCAAGACCGCUACCCACUCCGUACGGCAUCGCAGUGGGUUGGCCCGUUGCUGGAAGAUCUCACGCUGGCUCAUAAACAGGUGACUGUUGAGCUGAACUCAACGACCGAUAACCCUCUCAUCGAUUCUGAGGGGCAGCGCAUCCUGCACGGAGGCAAUUUCCAGGCUAUGUCAGUCACUGUCGCCAUGGAAAAGGCGCGUUCCUCCCUGCAGAUUAUGAGCAAGAUGCUCUUUGCCCAAUGCACGGAAAUCAUCAACCCGGAUUUGAACAAUGGCCUGCCCCCUAAUCUGUGCUUUGACGAGCCAAGCUUGUCCUAUUGUCUCAAGGGCGUUGAUAUUGGCAUGGCAGCCUACACUUCAGAGUUGGGAUUCCUCGCCCACUCCGUGAGUCCAAAUGUGCAGUCGGCCGAGAUGUCCAACCAAGCCAUCAAUUCCCUGGCCCUUAUUUCUGCCCGUUACACACAGACAGCAAUCGACGUCUUUUCCAUGCUGUCAGCAUCCUUUAUCUACGUUCUUUGCCAAGGCCUGGAUUUAAGAGUACAGCAGUUGGAAUUCCUCGACGCCCUUCAGCCAGUAGUGGAAUCCAUCACGACCCGAACUUACAGCCACUUUUUGACUACGCCUGCUGCCUGCAAGGACCUCAACUCGCUUCUCUGGACACACAUUACGAGCGCUCUAAAGUCAUCAGCUGCUACCACGAAGGACUCACAGCCCCGGUUCGCGAUGAUCGCCGAGUCAGCCCAAUCCGUGGUGGUGACAUUCUUCGCUUCUCAUCCCGGGGCCGCAAAGGAGUAUUCGCCACGGAUGGCUACCAUUUAUGAUUGGGCCAAAGACCUGGCAGCCUCUAUGGGCGAGUCGUUGAAAGCUAGCCAGCUCCUAAUGAUCAGCCCACAAUGCCCGACUUCAACAUACUUGGGCUCUGCGGCACGUAUUAUGUACACAUACGUACGCUUUACAUUGAAGAUUCCUCUGAACCGAGGCCUGGUCGACCAUCCUACUUCUCGUUUACCUGGAAAUUUCCUCAAUCACGAUUUGGAUGCGCAGAGCUCCACAAACGAGGAUACUCAGACCAUUGGGAUAUACAUCACUAGAAUUUAUGAAGCUUUGCGUUCGGAGGCAUUGAUGGUUCCUGUUAUGGAAUGUCUUGCUCAGGGCAAGCAGAAUGGGCAUUGUGAUUUGACUACGACGCAUGCAAUGACUGCGGAUAAGGGGACGAGCAUGUUGAAAUCAUCUGGCCCUCAAGUUGUGCAUUGA